AUGUUUGGAGACUUGGCCAUCCUACUCGAAGACGGCAUCAAGGUUUGUGAUGCGUCUGCCAUCAAGGACAAACUUCGUGAAAGAGCCGCUAUACCACAAGGUGGUCAACACAAGGUACUUCGUGCGUGCGAUAUCAAGAACGCCAAGGAGUUCUUUGGUGCAAACCGGCGCGCAAACCUCACUCGAAGUACGUCAAAGCCUGCUGCUCAGCUCCAAAAUGAGCAGGAGAUUGGAGCGACGGAUGAUGACGACGACGCUUUGGUCGACGAGUAUUCUAGUCGAGGAGGACUCGCAAACAUCUUGGUUGCCAUCCAUUCUCAGAAGCUCUCAGAAGCCGCUCGUGAGCAGGAGGCCACUGCUGAUAGUAUCGUCGCUGCCACUCACAACGAAAACAUCACAACACUGAACGAGCCCACUCCACCCGAAGAGGCCCCUGCUACACCCUCUCCAAUGCCCCAUGCACUCACAAACAAACGAGACCGUUCUAUCUCGGCAACGUCCGCCAACCCAUCCAACAAACGUGUCUGCAACCAGGAAGCAUCAUCUCUGCAGCUUGUUCAGCCAGCCGCUCCUACACCUCUCGUGAUGACCGAUCAGCACCAUUGCGACGAACGUCCCCCGGGGGUCCAGGCGACUGACGUCUUUCAUCAUCACCUUGAGAUGCAUGUGCAAGACUUGCGCAAGCAACACGAGCAACUUAUCGGCGCCUUGGAGCUUCAACAGCACCACAUAAACCACGAGCUGGACAUCCACCAGCCCUGCCUCGAGGCAUAUCGAGCCGCACAAGAAUAUUCCCUCCAAGUCGAGACCAAAGUCGAAAGCCUUCGAAAGGACAACGAAACACUCAGCGACUGCCUCAAGAACCUCGCUGACUCGCAGAAACUCUGUAUGCCAUCCUCCGCUGGGAAUUUCGAGGCCGUGGAGCAACACGUGGUGGCUCAGUUGGCAGCCAAAGCCAGCGCUCUCCAGGAAGCUGAGGCGGAACUUGGUGCGGCUCACUUGGCUUGCCAUCAGACAGAAGAGGCUGCGCGCCCUGCUCUGGAGUUCAUGAACAACGAGACGCCCCAGCUCGAAGAGAAGAAAGCUGCUGCUGACAGACUCGGCACGACUGUCAAGUACACAGAGUUCCUUCAAGUCUUGGUCAGAACUAGUCCUUCGGCCAUUGCAACUCUUGACAAGCUACUCCAGGAGAAGGGCUCGUCGCUCGAAGAACUUCGUGCGGUGAUUGAGCAGCACGGUCAGCUCACCCAAGUUGAUGGUCAGCAGACAGAUUCACCCAUGGCCUGA